GGGGUGGCGAGAGGGGUGGAAGUCUCGUGAUUUUUACUCUACGUCGUACGGAAGUGCCGUCAGUUCCGCAGGAACUCUCGCGCGAUACGGACGUCCGCGAACGGCUGUCGUCCUACUCGUCCUCCCUUGUCGCGUGUGACCGACUCGCAGCUUUCGCGCUAUAACCCGCUCUCUUUUAUUCCGUAAUCCCUCCGCGCUUCCCUCCAGCUUUGGCUCGGGGCGAAACGCUUUUUCCCCGCCCUCCACCUCUCUUCUGUGCCGGUUUCUCGCGACUUCUCGCGGGUAAGCUGUCCAAGUAUCGAAGUGACGCUUUACGGUCUGAAAGUGGAGCUGCGGCUCAUGCAUAAAAUAUACCAGGAUGAUCUAGAACUGUCGCGCGCGCAAUUCUUUUCACCUAUGCUAAUUUCUUUUACGUUGAAUAACAAUUUAAAAGGAUAAAACGAUUUUUUAUUCAGUGUUGCAUUGUAAAAAUUGUGCGUUUAACGCGAUGCCACUUCGGUACUGGAGCGUUAAGCUUUAAGAGCAACUCCGCUGCGCAGAAAUCAAUUAUACAUUAGAUAUAGACAAAAGGGUUGUAAUUAAUUUAUUGUAUCAUUUCAUUAGCGUUUAAUUAUUUUAUCAUUUCGAGGAUUCCAGCGCGAUUUAUUUUAUUUCAAAACUAAUUCUCUCCUCUUUAAUUAUUCGCCGACUUACCACUUAUUACAUUCAAUCUGACAUUUCACGAAAAAUCGUUCGUAAAACCGAUCUAACGUCGCUCGCGCCACGUUUGUUGUACGAGACAAAAGUUUUCGACAAUUCAGAGAAAUAAGAUUUAUUUUACCGGGAAGUGUCCUCGCGAACUCGAGUUCGAAGCUUGUGAGCGGGCGACGGAGGAAUGGAAAUGGAGCUCUCUUCGAAAGGAAUAUUUAGCCGGCGAAAGAGAGCUUUGUUCGAGUUCUCCGUCUCUUAUUCGUGCGGGGUCUAUUAUCCACACGUGGCAAUGUGACGUAAUCUCCGCGUCUCUCUCUCUCUCUCUCUCUCUCUCUUAUCGUUAUUAGCCCGUUCUGCGCGCGGCGCAAAUAAUGCAUUUCGAGCGAAAUUAUCGCACUUCACGUCCGUAAGAACCCCGAUUCGUUGUGCAACUAGCUCGCUACCGAAGAUCAAAGUAAUUUCAACUUCAACUGCGAAAGCUUCAAAUUUACGGAGCUACUGAUAAUCGUUAAUAAGCGUCGUAGUGCGCAAACGGCGGGGUGUUCCGCGCUCUCGAACUAUAUCGAACUUACGUAAUACGUGAAAUAUUCAGUCCAUAUCGAGUACGAAAAAGUCGCCCGAUACGUUUCGACGAAAGAUUCCGUAUCGAGGAGCUAAAUACUGACGAGCUCUAUCAGUUUUAAUUUCAUGUGACCGUUUCUCUCAAUUAUGACCGGCGUUAAACAUUCAAUCAUUAUCCGUCGCGUAAAACCGUUCGCGAGAUAGAAUUGCCAGUUGUAAUUUCUGUAAUAAUUAUAUGAUAUCUCCGGUGAAUUAUUGGCAACUCUUGAAAUAACAAUCCGGCCCCGCUCGUCCUCGCGCGAGCACGUUUGUUUUACGAAUCGCUUGAAACGCGCAGCAGCCGGGCCGCUCGCCCUGUUUGACUUUCGCAAUUUAUUUAUUUUAAUUAGAACGACGUUUCGCACGCUAUCGUACAAAUAUUCUGUUUUAAUGGCACCUAACGGCGCACUCUUUUAUUUGCAAUUUCUCGUUAUAUGUUCGUUAGUCACUUCCUCUUUCCUCUUUUUUUUUUAACUCUCCCCGUACGUAUAGGUACGUCGCGUCCCGCUAACGAACGGCGUUAUUUCCCGCAGGCUGCGAGAGCUGUGCGUACGUGCCGCGUAGUCGUGUCGAGGGGUGAAAGUGAACAGCAGAAUAGUGUAUGACGUGCACGCGUGUCUCGCGUGCGUUCACCGCGGGUGUCUACCACGAGCGGUCGAUCGAUCGCAGCAAAUUCCUUCAGUUUGCAUCGCGCAGGGACAUCGAUCGUGCCGAUCGAUCCGCUCUUACUUUGUACGCUGGAUACCAAAUCGAGCGAGCAGUCAACGCCACAUCGCCAUCUGCCUGGGGCUCUGCGAGGUUCUCUGAGCCAUUCUCAUAACCAUCAUCACAACCAUCCCCACAGACAUGAACUACCACCGGCGACGUACCUCACACCCCCACCGCCACCACCAGCGUCGAGUUACAUCACGGUGCAGCGCGGCUGCGCUCUACAUUCGAGGCUCGACCAGCCGGUGACCAGCUCUACGCCCGGGAUGGACAACAAAAAGAUUGUCCAGUCGAGCACGCCGCCGGCCGCCGUACCUGUUCAGGUACGUAGCAAGCACGAUGGCUCGGGGGUGGCGGCCUCCGUGUCGGGGGUGCGCAGACGGAGUGGCCCGCAAGGGGGUUUGCGUUCGCCCGCCGCGAAAAGGCCCCUCUCCGCCCCCGUCGCGCUGCAGGGAUGGUUGCAUAAACAGGGCUCGGAGGGUCUCAUGCUGUGGAAGAAGCGUUGGUUCGUCCUCUCCGAGUACUGCCUCUUUUAUUACAAGGGCCCGGAGGAGGAGAAACUGCUAGGUUCGAUAUUACUACCUUCGUACAGAGUUACCGUCUGCAAACCCGAGGACAAAGUCAACAAGAAGUUCGCCUUCAAGGCCGAACACGCGAACAUGAGGACUUACCACUUCGCGGCCGACAGUCGGGAGAGCUUGAACCAGUGGGUGAAUGCUCUGACUCUGGCAACGCUUUUGCAAGAUCCCAGCCCUGCGGGCGAGGCUGCGGUAGUCAUAGAGAUAGCGCAGGACGGCGAACGAAGCGCUCGGCCUAGCGUCUCGUCGAUCUCGUCGAUCCUGAAUCAGAGCGCCGACGACAGCGACUCCGGCUUCCACGGUUUUCAGUCGCGCGACGACCCGAGCCAUGCCUCCAACAACAACUCCAGCCCGAACAGCGCGAACACUGCCUCCUUCCCGAACCUCAGCGGUAGCAACAGCAACGGCAAUUCCGGCAACAACAAUCACGCGAGCGACUCGGGUCAUCCGAUGAUGAACGGUUGGGUGCAGUCGUCGCAGUACGGCCAGCCCAGCACUUCUCAGCCGCAACCGCAGCAGCACCAGCAAUACGGACAUUUGCUGCCGUCGCAGCAACUGCAGCCGGGUCAUUCGCAUCAGCAUCAGGCGUUGCUUCAUCAUCACUUGCCGCAUCAGAACGCGCUUUCGAAUCUAAGCCAUCAGUCGUCGCACAAGCACAUGGCCAUCCAGCAGUCGCCGCAGCAACAGCAGCAGCAGCAGCAGCAACAGCAGCCCCAACAGCUGCCGCAUCCUGGCUCAGGUAGCGUUCAGACGAUGCAGCCUAUGCCUCGGACAAAAUUCGGACAACCGAUAUACGCGAACGCACCGCCGAAGCCUAGAAGACUGACUGAUGGGUCUACCGAGUACUCGACGCCAUCGCCGGAUAUGGAUUACCGAAAGAGCCCGGUGUCGCCGGACGUGACGGUGACGAGCAAAAGUCCGAUGUCCGAUUACGAAAGGAGCAAUACGAUCUACGGCACGCGGAUGAAUCAGCCGUCGCAGCAGAGUUUGCGAAUCGAUAGAUCGGGUCUGCAUUACGGUUACGGUCAGACCGCCCAACCGACGGAGAGGAGGACCCCGGAUACGUACGGUCGAAGCGCGAAACCGAGGACCAGCAGCAGGGGCGGCAACGGCGACUACGAGGAGGUCUAUGGCACUCCACAACUUUAUCAGAGACCCGCGGGACCAGUGGGCUACACCAAGGGCGCGUCGCCGGCGCCCAUUCCCAUACCCGUGUACGCGCAACAACAGCUUCUGCAGCAACUGCACUCUCCCCUCACGCCGCCGAACAUGGCAAUGGUGAGGCAAUCUAGGGCUCAACCGCCGCCGCGACCGCACAGCGCGGACUUCCUCGAGUACGAGGCAGCAAGGCGACAGCCUCAGCAACAACCCACGCAAUGCGAGAGACUCCCGGAUCAACAAAGGCGUCCGCAGAGGCCUAAAUCCAGCUUAGACAUAGUUAAUCCGUCGGACACGACCAAUGACGGUUACUUCUACUCCGAGGAAAGAUACGCGGCGCAGAUGCGGCAGUCCGCGGUGUAUCUGCAUCAGACCCCCCAACAUUAUCAGCAGCAGAGAAAUCAGUCCCUCUCGCGCGUCACGAUGCAGCCGAAGCUGCCGGGUAUUCGCGAUAAUAGCGAUGAAAGUAGAAUAUCCACAUUGCCGGAUUCCACUUGCCCCGCUCUGAGACGCUCGCAGCGGGAUCACGUACAUCAGCAGCACACGAUGCCCGCUCAGCCGCUGACGCAGAGACAUUCCGAGAUAAUUGGUGCCGAUCCAAAACUCCGAAGAUCGUUGCGCGAGAAAAGCUGCGAGGCGAGUGGCCGCGAGACGCUGACACACGGUGAGGACAACACGAUCCCUCGUAGAUUACCGCGCGGCGAGUACGACGGGUGGGGUAGAGCAGCGGGUCACGGUGCCCACGGGACUCACAUCGCUCAGACGUGUCACGCCGGUCACGCAGGUGCCGGCAGACGAUGGAGCGAGCAGCAGCAGUUCUGCAGAUCGGCGUCGGCGCGUCUGCCAAGGACACGGCAUCCCGCCGCCCUUGAUCCCGACGACGACGACUACGCCGAGAGGUCCUCCGAGCAGGAUUCGCGGGAUGGUGAACGCAAGAUUCAGCAGCGCGAAGAGUCGAUGAAGCGGCUAUUAGAAUGGAAGCAGCGUAUGCUGCAAUCUCCGUUGACGCGAAAGCCGUCUGGCUCAGCCAAUCGGGGCAGGACGCAGAAUGAUCUUUCGAGUUACUACAAGCAACAGGCGCUGCUGGAUUUGGCAGCGCACGAGGCCGCCGUGGCGGAGGGUCGUCACUCCCGGAGACGGGAGGACGGGCAUCGUUCGCAUGUCAGGAGCAAGAGCUCGGAUGGCCGUCGGACCGCCGUCAACGUGCCACGCUACAACAGCUAUUCCAGCGAUGACGAAGAGCUGGGAGAUAUCCGGAGGAAGCGCUCGCGCAGACCCUCGCAUGCAGGAAGGAGCCCCCGGCAUGCCGGCGACGAUCGGUCAUCGACGGCGACGUCGGCCGUCCAGGAUGUCACGAAACCCGGAACCGGCCGCAUGAGCGUUAAUCAGACCUCGCAGUCGCAAACUCUUAACAUUCGCAAAGCGAACCCGGGGGCCACGCUCUCCUCUCUGGGUGGUAUACCGCCGGACGCGGGUUAUGACGAGGUCAGCUUUCCGCCGAUGAUGAGAAACGAUUACGCGUACGAUUACGCAUCGUCCUCGGCGGAUAGGCAAUCGUCGUCAUCCAGAAGAUCGGAAUCCGAGGCCGUCUUGGAGGACCCUGCGAUCAAGCACAAGACCCCGAAGAAACCGCUGGGUAUUCUGAAAACGUCGACCGCUUACGGUCAACAGAAAUAUGAUGGACAACAAAGCACGGGCAAGAUCGAAGGCAACAAAUCCGACAAUUUGUAUCGAAUCAACGAAUCCUGGCACGUUCAAAAGAACGUACAGUGGGAUUCCAAGGACGAUAACGAUGAGUGGGAUCCCGGCAUCGACGAGAGCAAGGUUAUAAAGGAGUUCUCUUAUCAGUACAUUAAUCCUAAGAAAGUACCGGCGCCAUCAAAAGUGGAAAAUGAGAGUGAAAAAUUCGAGACUAUGAAUUUGGUGCAAUGCAGAAUCAGGUCUUUCGAGAACAUGGAUGGCGCCAGUCCAGUCAAGGAGGUGUUGACCAUGCAGGAGCCACUGAAGGUAUCGCCAUUGCAGGCGACCGAGGCUCACGUCUCAAAGCUCGAUUGCGCAAACAAGACGCCCUCCGUCGUACGUAGUUUCGCUCUGACCGACGCAAAUGCUUCGGAGAAUGCUUCGAAACAUAAGAGCGUGGAAGAAGGACAUGCUAAGCAAGCUUCGACUGACAGUAACAAGUCGGUCAAAGAUCUCCUGGCGGACUUCGAGCGGAAAUCACAACAGGCUAAUCAAUCAAAAUGCGAGAAACGACAAGAAUCGAAGCAUCACGGAGAUUACGAUGAUAACGAAACGUUGCGAUACGACAGUGAAAAUAAUUUGGACCGUCGUGAUAGAGACGAUGAGAAGGAGAAACUCAUCGAAAAUAGCGAAAUUAUGCAACAUUUCGCUUUAGAUACUUUGUAUACGGGUGUUGUACAAAUGCAAAAUUCCGAUGGAUCUUUGAAUCAAAACAAAACGAAUAGUUCGAAGGAUAGUCUAACGGAAUGCGUGCCAUCGACCGAUUUAAAUAUUAUCCCGAGCCCUAAUUGUGCCAGAACGAGUAUGACCGAAUCCUUAUUGACGCACAGCGACCAAUUCUCCAUCGAUAACGAUCUUCUUAGUUCUGUUUUAAAACAGGAUGACAUUAAUUGCGAGGAUCACUACCUUCCCAUGUCUCCCAGAAAAGCCAUACUAGAUCCUAACAGUGAUGAUAGACCGAAUCCUAAGAUAAUGGAGAGUUUGUUCGCCAAUCUGCACGAGGAAAGCUCGUACGUGGAGAUGGCGCAGAACGGGAUGAAUCGUUCUCUCUUGGCACCGAACGAAAACGACGGAAAGCACGAUUCCGGCGAUUAUUCCACGCUGGACAUGUCCCACUACGAACUUGUCUGCGUGUCGGAUAACAAGAUAGAGCCGGUAUAUAUGGAGGUGAAUCAAUUGUCCGAGAAGGAGGACGAAGACGGCAAUAAAGCAUCCUCGAUGAAAAAGAGCAAUGUCAGUGAGAAUUCGCCGCAUUCGCGGAGCGAUCUGCCCGACAUCUUGACGGCACUCAAAUCCGAUAGUUCUGAUGCCGAUGACGAGUCGUCCAAGGAUCUAGAUUCCAUAGACGCGCCACGGCAUCCGCGAUUUAGUCUGUCUGAUACUUUCCGACCGGCUUCUUAUUAUCUGGGAGUUAGUCGUAACGUGAUCGCAGAAUUACACGACUCAUCGGACAGUGAGCUCGUAUCCCCGCCGCCGAUACCGACCUCUCCACCGCCGCUGGACGAUUUGGACUCGUUGGACAUGCAGGAAUCCUUGGAGAUAAAGAAAGGCUCGCCACAGGUGGCUACGACGAAGGAUAACGCGUUGAAUCGCGACUCUCCAAAAUCGUGGAAUAAACCUGCGGGUCAGGUGGAAACGCAUAGGCCACCGUCAAGAUUUUCCGACGCUACCAUGAGCUCCACCUUUAGAGACAGCAGGAUAUCGUUGGAAAGCGCGUCUGGAAGCGAUUCGAUCGAGCUCAGAAAUCCGGAGGAGGAAGCUCGGCACAGACAAUUAAAGAGGAGACCGGUCAGCGACGACGUUUGCGAAGUUUUAGACAGUUUGGAUGAAUUGGAAUCACUAGGAAGUCGCUUUGACGGCGCGAGCAUCGAUCUUGAUCAGUAUUUGGAGGAAUUACAAGCUAGAGAUGCGUUCAACGUGGAUCUUUACGCAAAGGAUCUGAGCUACAACAGCAUCUACGGAUUCAACGAGAACAUGCUGGUGGUCGAUAAGCUGCAGAAGACUACGUGCCAAGAUCUAUCGAGAAAGAUGAAAUUAAUGUCUAGCAAUCUCGAUCGGCCGUUCGAUUAUUCCGGCAAAAAUAAGACCGGUUCGGCGAGCAGCUUGCCGUCCAUGAGAGUAUCGGAUCUACCGCCGACCCAUCAACACUCGCAGUCCUUCACUGGUGACGCGCAUUACGAGAACGUCGCGAGCUUUUUACCGCUUCGCGGUUCACCGGCCGUUCGAUCCGAUAGCGAACCACCGUCACGCGACAGUGUUCACAGGAUGCAGAGCACGUCUCCGAGCAUUAGCGCGCUGCCAGUCUCUCACAGCAGGGAUUCCAGUUACUCGAAUGCGUCGGCCACAGCGUCCAUUUCAACGUCCAUGGCUUGUCAAAGGCCCGCGAGCGCGCAAUCGUCGAUGCACUCCCCCAUAAGUGCGUCUAUGUCCUCAGUAAAUCACGGCAGCACGCUGACGAGCAUGCUACAGAACGUCAACGCGUAUUCCGAGCAAAGGUUCCCGAAUCACUCGAGAUCCGCCAGUCACGACGCGUGUGUGCGACAUGUGCUGCCGAAUCAUCGAUCGACCUCCAGCCAAGAUUCGAGUCAUUAUCCCGCUCCGAUGCCGAUGCAAAUCGCUACCUCUGCUCUACAACAGUCAUAUUUACCGAAUGCUGGCGAGCAGCGCGCCCAGAGCGAUCAAUCUGGAGCACCCUAUUACUAUUCUGACCUCCAGGCGAGUGUCAAUAGUGUGGACAUGGAGAUGACCAAACCGAUGAUUGGCCAUACCUCGCGAUUGCCUCAACUAAACAAUCAGAGGGAUGAUGCGGCGAUCGGCUUGAACAAGCGGAAUGAUAUCGGUCGUAUAGUGAAUCCGAUUGCGCGGCAAAUGCCGCGACAGAUUCAAGUGGACGACAUAGACGAGGCCAGACGUAUCGCCGCGGAAUUAAGACGGACGACCUGUCAACUCCUCAGCGAUAACAAGGCCGCCCUCGUGGACAAGAGAAACUUCUACGAGGCCGACACGCUGCGCCGAGUGAAAUCCACUGAUCCACUGCCAGAUGUAUCUCUACCCGAGGCUAGAAACUUAUAUCCCCACGGUCUCAGAGACAAGUCCGUUAAUUCAGGUAACAUUGAUAACGUGGAACCGAUGCACGUCACACAAGCGUCUCAUCGUCGGUCAAGAUCUCUGGAGGGAUUACUCGACGACGUCGGCCUGCAAAAUUUAGUGGAACAGCGAAAUCGAGCUAACCGAGCAGCGGCAGCGCAAGUGACAGCGGCAACAGUGGCUUCAACGGCUUCGACUAGCCAGGCCGAAGCAACGUUGCAAAACUUGCCGUCGUCCGAUAGUCAUAACGCCAUGACUAGUUUCAAUUCUGAGGAUCCUUGGGAGCAAGACAGUCUUUGGUGCGAGAGUCUGAGAAGGGUGAGCUUGCGAAACGCCAGAUCUUUGGAUAAUCUGGAUAGUCCACCGAGACCUGGAAGAUCCAAUGAUGCGAAGUCACGCGGUAGAAUCACUCGCGGAGCGACCUACGUGAACGACAGCGUCGCUUUGCGCAGGGACAACAGUGCGGAGGAAUCUUCGUGCGGUGAACGAUCGCGAGUCAAGCGCAGGACAAACAAGGAUCAUACGCGAAAACGAUCGAUCGAGGAUGACGACGAGGACGACGUCACCUACGAGACCUUGUCGAUGGAAGUGAUCGGCGCGGGAGGCUACGUAUGGGAUCCGCAAAACAAGACCUAUCACAAGCCUACCGUUUCGGACAGGAAUCAUUUUUUAGAGGACGGCAACCUUCCCCCGGCUCGCUCGAACUCGGACGUUCGCAUGUCUGCGACGUCGUUCGAGCUCGACCGAGAGAAGCUCCGCCAAUGGGAUUUGUUGUCGAGCGCCUGCUUACUCCAGGAGCAGCAGCGCACCUCGAUGGCGGACUCGGGGCGAGGGUUGCCGGUCGUCGAACAUCCUGGAGACGUGCACGAUUCACGGCUCGCUGUCGUCGCGACGACGACGGUGGCGACGACGGCGACGGCGAUGACGGCGACGGUGACAAUGACAACAACACCGACGCCGACGAUGACGAUGACAACGACAAUGGGUACAAUCGACAACGAGCAAGUAAACGUUAUCGUAAAGCCAAUCGAUAUCGCGGAUGUACGCGAUGUCUUGUCGACGAACGUGCCGAUCAAGAAGCAGGAACCGAGGCAGGAGCCGUGUAAACGGGCUGCAGCGUCCGGCUCGGGCUCGGUGAUAGGCAGAGACCCGCUUCCACCCAGGGCCGUCAGCACGUCGCAUCUGCCUCAGAGAACGCUGACUCAAGCGCCGACGGCGGUGUCUACUCUUCCGCUACCGAGAAACAGUACCGGCGGCGGCAGUCACCGGCAGCAACCGUCGCUUCCGCUCCACCACUCGACCCCGCAGCAUCAGCCUAUGAGGCAGCUGGAGAGCGAGCCCACCGCCCAGCUGCUGAGAGCCGCCAGCAACGGCGACAUCGGCAAGUGCCCUGGCAUGGUUAGCGGUAACGAUAUGAGGGACCUGAGGUUAGCGUCGCCGGGCGGUCAUUCCACUCAGCGAUUGAUCAGCCCAAUCGGACACCUGCGGGUCGCCUCGCUGAAUGACCAUCGCGUCUCCAGUCCCAGCGAUAGCGAGAUACGCGUGCACAGUCCAAGUGAGAGAAAAAUGAUGAGCCCGAUCAACGGCAGGGAGGUCGACCGCGGCGGGGGCACGAUGACAGCGGGUCAGAGACAAGGCCAGCAGCAGCAGCAACAGCAGCAACGACCACGCGCCGCCGAUUGCAGCGAGCUUCUGUAUAAAAGGAGUAACGUCGGCUCCCUGAGAGCGGAUGCCGGAGGCAGGCUGGUGACGCAGGCUGGCGCAUCCGGGCUGGUGCGCGUCUCCGCCGGCGAGCUCCUCGGCAGGACCCACGAGGAACUGGUGCUGCUGUUGAUCCAGCUGCGAAGGCAGAACGCGACGGUCCUCAAGGCGAUGGAGACGUGCCACAUGGAGAUCGAGGCGCAGGCUAGACUGGCGGAUCUCGACACGCCGAGACGGCUAGAAAAUCUUCAAAAACUUGACGAACUCAAGAGGCACCUGAUGGAUCUCGAGAAGCAGUACGAGAAGAGCAAGCCUCUCGUGAACCUCGUGGACAAUAUGGUGAAGCUGGGUUCUCUGUACAAUCGUAACACUGCCAACGGGACCAGCAGUGUCUCCGGUUCUCGCCACGACCUGAUGCACGAGAACGCGAGGGAUCAUCGCGACCGUCUGGAAUUUAACCAAAGGGUGCAGGAGCAGCGACUGUUGGCCGAGGAGCGCAGGGAUUGGGACAGGCUGAGUCCCGAUCACGGACAAUUACAGGCCAAAGUGCAGCAGCUCUACAAACUCGAUCGGCUUCUCCAGGAGGAAUCCGGCACGCUGCAUAGUCUCCAGCAGGACAAGGAAAUACUCGAGAAGGCUUUGGGCGGGCUGCGACACAAACUGCAAGGUAGCAGAAGCAAUUUGGCCGAAGCGGAGCGAUAUCGGAAGCAACAACUCCUGUUGGAGCGCGAGCUGAGUCGAGUGAGGAUACUGCUCGCUCAUAACUCGAAGGUAAAACCGGUAUUCUUCCAGAAACUUGAGGAAACGGUCGCCGAGAAUGCGCGGUUGGAACAAGAUUUGGUGGUGCUGAGGCAAAAGGUGCAAGCAUCCAGAAGAUACGCCGGUAACGUCGCGCGAGAUACCUCGAGCACGACCGCACCGCUGGAAGCGGAAUUACGACGAGUGCAACAACUCGUCGGCGAUCUGCAGAGACAGAGGAAGGAACUGAGCAUUCAAGUUCGCCAACUGACGGAGAAAUCUCACAGUUUGGUGCAGCAAAUUCGCCCGCAGCCACCGCACGCUCCUCAGGUGCAUCAUUCGAAGAAACGAACGCAAAAUUCCUGGCUGGAGACCGACUUAGAUUCCGGAAUAACUCUGGACCAUGGUUUGGAUUCCCCGUCGAGUCCGUCUCUGUCUAUCUCGCCUCCGAACAAGCAAAACGAUAGUUCUCAUCAGCGAUACGGCUCUCCCACGUACAAGGACUUAUCCCCCUUGAAUCGCCCACAUAAUCAGCAAUCCUUCGUACAACCCUCACAAAAUCACAUAUCGGCGCUCUCGCCGCAGCUGCGCGAGCAAAUUCAACAACACCAAUUAAAGCAACAAUUAUUAAAGGAUCAAAUGCAGGGCAAGGGUAGCGCGAUUCAAGUGGCGCCUUUGUAUGUUAAUACGGAUUCGAGAGUAACAGGCGAAUACGUCGCCGACACGAGCAAGCAUAACGGAACCGUGUUAAAUGGCACGCCAAAUCCCGCUCCGGAAUAUAUCCCGCCACCGCCGCCGCCCCCGUUGAGCGAGGAGGCAUUGUUGUUGAACGAUAAUUAUAGACAAAACGAGGACAACAAAUUCGCCGGAUUAAUGCAUAAUCGCGAGAAGCAAGAGAUUAAGACGGUGCGCAUAGUGAAACGCGAAUCGGAGAGGCGGCAAAGGGACCGCGGCGACAGAACCGGCAAUAUCGGGAUUCCCCUGACGAACGGCCUCCAAGCGCCAGGCGGCGCGAAGAGACUGUGCGACGACGAUUUCGGAGGCUCCCAAAAAUUCGAAAAAGCUCAGCUUGGUAGGGUGGUGGAGGAAUCACCGAUUGUUCACGCACAGAGCACGGGUCAGCUGUCCGAGCUGGACGACGUUCAGUUCCAGCGAAGCAUGUCUCUACCACGUGGUUUCGGCGGGCAAAAGCAGAACUCCGGGGUAAAUUACGGACCCGUGAUACCUCCACCGCGAAGCGACAGCAUGCACGCUCUGAAGAGCAUGAUGGCGCGUCGACACAAGAUCAGGUUCGAAAGUCACGAUGGCAGCUCCGAUAGCACUCUGUCGCCGUACACGGAUAGUCCUACGUCCAGCUCUUACGUGCCGAUGAGCUCGCCCAACUACUCCACCGCCUCGUCGUACAGCCCGUGCCAGAGCCAGAAUUAUCCGUCGCAAGCGGCGGUGGUCGCCGCGCAGUCUCACUAUCACAACUACUCGCUCGGACCGUACAGACAAUACGAGAAAAUCGGCACGCUCGCGGGCGCCAUGAGCCCCGAAUUAACAUCGCCGACUAACGUUGGUAUUCAUGAGAGACCGGUCGCCGCGACAACGGCGAACGCGAAUCAGUCCGAGUCGCCGCAAUUGUCGCCGGUGUUCAAGAGCGAGGCUGCCAAACAGAUUAUCAAAGAGAUGACGGAGAAGAGGGUAGAGGGACCGAGACGAAGACAAAUCCCUCGCGAGAAAAGGCGGCACUACACCGUGUCUAGUAGCAAACCGGUGCUCGAUCUAGAGGAUACUUUCUCGAAGAUGGGUAUGGGGAGAGCCAGGGACGAUCUGGAUAUGGAAAGAGCGCUCAGACCCAGGAUAAACGCCCCUGACGUGGUGCGAUCGACAUUGAGUCACAAGGAGUUGAAGUACAACGAGAGCACUAUAGAUCAACUGUUAGGCACGCCUAAUAAAAUUGUCAUUCCUGAACGAUAUAUUCCUGAACAGACGCCGGAACUAACGGCGGAAGAACAGGAGCAACGCUUAAAGAAGGCGGAAGCAAUUAGGAAAAUGCUGUCGGAAACAACCGUGACCGCACCGGAAGGAGGUGACGAUGAUUCUAACGUAGAAAAAUCGGACACCUUGAAACGCAAGGUAGUGGAAGAAAAGCGGCAAAGAGAGCAUAUUCUUCAGCUUAAUCAAAUAUUGGCGAAGCAAGUGAUGGAAAAAAGUAAAAUGGUAGCGGUAAAAGCCCUCGCAACGCUUCCUUUAAAAGCUGAGUCGAGCUUAGACGAUGAGGACCUCUCGCCCGUGGCUUCUUUACCACUUUAUCAGCAAAGAGAGAACUUCUAUACCUAAGCGUCGUUCCAGGAACACAAAUACGACACAAAACUACUGCCAAUAUGAAGAACAAAACGUACGAAGAAAGCGCAGGCGGCAUCACUGCGCGAUAGAAAGAAUCGUCAAUGUGUCAUUAGGCCGAGCUCAUCGUCUUUUUCAAUUAGGCAUUAAAUCGAGCAACACGUCGCGACUUACUGUCAUUUUUUACCGACCCUGGCGUCGUCAGCGUUACACAAGCGUUGAAAAUUCGGCGGGCGCCAAUCCGCGACCUUAUCCGCGCGAACGAAUCUAACGCGCUUCCGGGAGAUAUAUUCCGGCUUUGGAUAAACCUUUUACCGCGUCUCUUUGCAAAUCGAAAGUUCUUUUUCGAAAGUUUUCAAAUCGUAUAUUGAACCAUGUAUUUGUAAGCACAAGAGACUGUAAAACUCAUCCGACUGAGAAUCUGGUUUGGAUACGAUUAUGUCCUCUCCCAUUUUACGUACAAUCAUUUUCACGAACUUUUAUAUGUCGACGAUAUUGGCGAGAGCGACGGGAAACUUGCGUACCCUCGCUGAAGUCUGCGAGCGAGGUAGUACCAUUAGAUUUAAUGACGCUCUUUAUUUUAGCGAGGACGAACAAACACAUUCGGUCAAGCGUGCAACGCGUCGAGAUCGGAAGGAAUAGUCGUUACAGUUAUUAAAGAAAAAAUUCUUGCUAAAAUAUCGAGCCUCCGAGAUUUUAUUCGAACUUGGCGACAAAAGCGAUCACGAUGAUUCAUCGUGUAAAUUAGAUUGUAAGGAACGCACGAUACAUACGCUUCUGAAGCGCCCGUUGCUAUUAGCGUUAUAUACACGAUUUUUCACGGGCCAUUGUAGUAUGGCAUUUUAAUGUUUUAGAGCAGCUGUCACACAGUCAUAAGGGAAGAGUGCCAAAUUCCUAUUACGUACGAUUGUAUGAUCGUCAAUUAAGAGAAUCGCCGUGUCAAUCGAUGCAGGAUACGCUGGAGCAUUUAUUAUUGCAGGGAUCGCGAGAACCACAAUCGUAUGCGCGAUAAAUGUCUUGUAUUAAAUCUAAUUCGACUGGAUUUCACCGAUAUAUUUCAAGUCGAACUUAAUGUCGAGGUAUUUUAUAUAUUUCGUUAUUUAAUAUUAUCAAUUUAUCACUGUAUCCUCCCCACCCUCCAGCGCCGAAGUGUGAUUUUGGACGCAGUUUUAAAUAUAUGUAUAUAUAUUAUUUGAACAUUUUUAUUGUUAUACAUAAUAUUGUAAUUAUUAUCAUAUAAUACAUGAUACAUUAUUGUAUGAUAAUGUAAUAUAUUAUGACAUGUAAUAUUAUUAUAUUAAAUAUCAUAUUAUGUAUAUUGUAUGUUACAUAAUAUUACAUAUACCAUAUAUAUACUGAAAAGUUAUGUGAUUCAUAUGUACAGGCAUCCCUCUACUUACGACUUGGUUGACUAACAAUAAACUAAUAGAUUAUAACAAAGCUGCACUCGUUAACCAGUGAUUAACCACGUUAAAUGUAUUACCAGGGAUUAAUCAAAUUGAAUUAAUUUCAUAAUACCAAAUAUUAUAUUAAGAGUUCUAUUUUUAAGACAAAAAUAGUAUUACUUUUUAUUUACUUGUGAAGUUAAUCUGUGUUUAAGCUACAUAUUAAUAUUAUAUCAAAUAUAUAAGAAUUAUAAUCUUUAAAAAGAAUUUUGUUUUGUCAUUUCCUAAACAGAGAUCUCUAGCCGUUUUCAAUAAUUUAAUAAAAUAUUUUACAUAACGUUUCAUUUAUACAAAAUACAAGCACUGUUCAAUUUACCAUCAAAGUCUUUGGACAUCCCUUCAUUAGAGGGAUAUCUGUAUAUACAGAUAUAUAAAAUAUAUGUAAUAUAUGUAAUAUAUAUACAAAAGCUACUAGAAAGAAUCACGUUAGAUCGGCAGAAUCCAAUUAACAGUCAAGAAAAGAUUAAUAAUAUCGAAAUUACACACUCACCGCAUCCGCUAGAUUCCACCCUACGCCGGAGGGACGAUUCGUAAACGGCUCCUGUCUGUGCAUCCUCCAAUUUGACACACGCACACGCACCUACACAUACACACAAAUGCAUAUACGACUACACGUACGGAUACCCGCGCUUUUAGCGAUAAGUUUUUAUAACGUUAUAAUCUACGCGCGCGACACACGCGUAUACACACGCACGCGUCACUGUAUAGUACGUACUCACGACCAGGAUAUAUUAUAUAUCAUGCUCACGACGUUAUUUCCUGUGCAUACAUAAUCGUGCACGGCGUAACGGCGCGGCCGGUCGGAGAGAUCGAAGAAACACCGCCGAACCCCUAUUAUACACGUAUUUUGUUGUUAACGAUGAUUGUUAGUGUCGUUGUGCAGAUAUUUUAUAUGAGAAAAAGCUGCGCAACGAUAUCGACAAUUACCGUUUAGAACAAAAUGCGUGUAGUCGUAAAACAGAAUAGGAGUCCUGACCAGCUUUUGCAAACGCGACGUAUCCUGCAAAAGUCCGCCAUCGACCAAUGAGGUUCGAGAAUCGCAGGCGCACGCAUCGAUAACUAUCGAUAGCUAUCGAUAGUCGCGAUACACGCGACGAUUGCCACCGAUCUCCAAUGCCGGUCCCCCUCCCCCCUCGCCUCUCCCGCACCGGCGUUAAUUCUCGUUUAAUUCUCGUAAGUUUACGAGCCGACAUUACGCGGAAUGUCGCGGAAUAUUAAUAAUAGGCGAAACACUAUGCGAAUUGAGGGAAAGAAAAACUGUUAUUGUUAUAACGAUGAAAUAAAAAUCUUACGAUGAGCAAAA